UAAACUUUGGUACACAUGGAAGGUCUGAGAUCUAGAUCCAAGAGCUUGGUAUACAAGAUAUCAAGGAAUGACAAACAUCCAAGUGGCAAGUUAUUUUGGUCAAGUAUCUAUCAUUCACAAAAGGACAGAAUUCUGAAAUCAAGAGAGAAUCAGAAUGGCUGCUUUUGGAAAAAUCUACAAGGACGCUCUUCAGAAACAGUGUCUUCUAUAGGUAAAGGAGCAGCAGAAAGGGCAGACCUGGGAUUACUGGCCAGCUGGUCUCACUGGCAAGGCUACAAUACAAACCGCAAAGAAAGAUGUCUGGAAGUGUCGACAAUGGCAUCAGAUGACCCGGAGGAUUCAGAGCUUGUCUCUGUGGCUGAGGAGACCCCACUGGGGAAGGACUCUGUCUCCCUGGCAGUGGGAGAAGGAUUUACCGCUGAAAUCUCCCUGUCCUUCUCCAUCCUGCGACGCUCCACCCAGGGCCCUAACGUCCAGCUGCAGGAGGUGGCAAGAAAAACUCUGUGGGCCCUGGAAAAUGACAACAAGGAAAUGCACAUGCUAUUUAAGGAGCUGUCCGCCAGGCUAGUAUCUGUCCAGGCCCAGAAAGAUGUCUUUAUGAUCACCUUUAAGACUAUAGAAGAGAUCUGGAAGUUCACAACUUAUCUCUCACUAGGCUUUGUGGCGUGCAGCUUGGAACACCUGCUGUUUGAUGAGAGAUACUGGCUGAACUCAGCUCUGGUAGAAGAUACAGAAAUUCAAGUCUCCGUUAACCAAGAUGAGCUGGCAACUCUCUACCUAGGACUAUUGUUGCAAGAAGGAAACUUCUAUGCUAGAGCUGUAGUACAGGAUGGCGGACCAAGAGUGGAUGACGGUGAGGAGUCAGAAUUUCUGUCUGUCUCUCUCAAUGAUGUGGUGCAUCUAAGGGAUAUUGGUGAGGAGUCUUCAUGGGAGGGUCAGUCCUUAAGCACAGGAGACCGUGGUUUGAUGCGCAUUAUCUCCGUAGAGCCAUUGCCUCAUCCCUUCUACCAAUGGUUUCUUAAAACAUACCCAACAUCCUGUUAUAUUAUGGAGCAGAGCUGCAGAAACAUCACAUCCCAGACAAUUGGGGAGGGUCUGUGCACAGCCAGAGAGAACCACACAGCGACAGGAUGCGAUGAGCUCAGCUACGCUAGAGGGGACAGCAUUGAGGUUGUUGGAUUCUAUGUACCUGGACUGAAGUGGUUUGUGGGCAGGAGCCCUUCCAAUGGAGCCACAGGGUUUGUCCAAACAAAGCAUGUGGACCCAAGCUGCUUGAAAGCUUUAGGUAAAGACUUGCUUUUCUUAAGUGAGGAAGAAAGAUCUUCACUCAACUUUCUGGAUGAAGACAGUCAGCAGAGUUGUGUGCAGCUAUUGAGUGAACUUGCUCAGAGUGAUAUCAGUUCAGUGUACCGACUAGAUGGCUUGGAUCCAUCGGACACAUAUCACAAAGCAUCUUCUGAUAUAAGGAAAGACUUUGGUGAAAGCAACAUGUCUGACAGCCUAGAUGAGUGUGAAGGCAUAAGCAGUUCAUCUAAAUGCAGUGCCUCUGAGAAAUCAAGCCCUGAGUCGGAGUGGAAAUGUGGAGUUGAGAGCUUCAUAGUGUUGAGUCAAGAAGAAAUUGAUGAUCCAAAAUUCUUUGUUGACUUAAAUGCUGGGGAGAUGGAGGAUUCUGAAGUCUUUGACCCAGUCUUAACAUUCCUAAAUAAGCAGGGUUACCAACCUUACUACCAGCCCUUGUAUGAUCUCUCUAUGUCUUUCCUCAAAUACACAUUUUAUGGAUUCUCAGAAGAGGAGGAUCUUGUAUUCUACCUGGAAACCUCUAGAAAUUGGGCUAAGAAAUUGCACAUGUCUUGGGCUCAUGUUCGUUGCUGCUUUCUUCUUGGACGGAUUUGUGCCAAAAGAAUGAAACUUUCCCAAGCAAGGGUUUAUUUUGAAGAAGCACUAAGUGCCAUAAGUCAUGGAUUUCUUGACCUGCAUCUUUUGGCUGCCUUGUAUGAUAACCUCUCUGCAAUUUACUUGAAGCAAAAUCUGAGAUCCAAGCAGGAGCUAUUGCUAGAGAAGGCUGCUAGUCUACUGAUAUGUUUGCAUCAACAUAAUUUUAGCUCUGAACAUGAACUUGAGGUGCUAAAAUAUCUCAUGAAGAAAGCCAUCAUUGUUAACAAUACCUCAUUUGAAUCCCGAGUUUGCUUUCUAAUAUUUAGACUCCUCCAUCAGUUAGGCCGAUAUGAUGAGGCCUUGCCUUUUGUGGAGCGCCUACAGUUUCUUUUCAUCGCCGCCUGCUCCCAGACAGUUUGUUCUUCUAUGGGUGUAAUUCCCAUAUUAAGUUACUUGUAUGAUAAAAAAUAUCUUCCUCAUGUUGCUUUGGCUUCAGCUCGAUUGUGUAAGUCAAUUGGCGUGAAAAUUAUGCCUUCCCCAAUGUGGAGAGUGGGGGUUGUUAUGCAAAACAUAUCCAGGAUUACAGGCUGUCCCCUAAGCAGUAGUAACAUUUCUGCACAAUCUGCUCCUUACCUUAAACAUGCCCUUUCUUGUUCUUAUGAGAGUGGAGAUGUGAAAGCCCAGAGAACCUUAUGCCUUAUUCUUUCCAAAUUAUACCUCCAGCACAGUCUACUGCAUCGUGCCACUACUUAUUCCAAAAGGGCUGUUGAACUUGGUAGAUGGAGCAGUGAAGAUGAAGCUUUUGAGGCUUCUCUCUUUUUGGGAUGGAUGUAUACACUAAAUGGAGAAUUUGGACAGGCAUGUCAAAUUCUAGAACCUCUGUUAGAAUCUAUGCAGGAAACAGAUAGUACUACCCAGUGCGGUGUUGUCCAUAACCUCCUAGCAAAUGCACAAAAGAUGGACAACAAGGUUGUUGAAUCGUCAAGAGGAUACUCCCAAGCACUUAAAAUGGCUACUGAAAUGGGCAACAGAAGGAACCAAGCCAUAGCCCUUGCCAACUUUGGGAGACUGUCUGUGUUCUGCAAAGCUGUUAACAUGGCAGAGAGAUACUUUCUUAAGUCCAUCCAGUUGUACAUGGAUUUGCAGGGAAGUGAUGAAGCAGAGCGGGAGCUAGUACAAGUUCUGCAUUGGCUGGGGCAAAUUCUGACUGAACAGAAGAAGCUUGAAAACGGCAAACUGUGCUAUGAAUUGGCUUUGGUGUAUGCCUUGAAGGUGAACAAUUUGAAAAGUCAGCUGAAAAUAACAAAAGAGUUGUGCAACUUCUACAACAAUGUGUCCCCUGCUACUGGGGCCCAUAUAGCCUACUGUGAACAUUUGGUCCACCUAGUGCAGCUACUGAAGGAUAGAAAAAAGGAAGAGGAACUACUGGGAACCUUAAGUCAGUUGUACCAAUCUCUAAACACAGCAAGGUCUCUACGGAAAGCUUUGGAUUACACCAAGCAAAGUUUGAGGAUCGCUAUUGAUCUUGGCCUGCAUGAUAGAGCAGCUGAGAGUUGGCUUCAGGCUGGGAGACUGUACUAUCUUCUGAAAGAAGAGGAGCUGGUGGAGAUUUAUUUACAUGCCGGCAUCCAGGCAUCCCAGAAGUCUGAUGAUUUGGCCAAUACAAUGCAUCUGUACGAAGCUGCCGGGGAUAUAUUUUUUCAUGGAAUUCGGAUGAGAGAGAGCGCAUUACCUUUUUAUAAGGAGGGUGCCCUCCCAUUAGCAAAGAAGCUUGAGGACAUCCAAGCACAGCUUCGUCUCUUCCACAAACUCACUCAGCUUCUUGUAAGUUAUGGAAAUUCUAAGGCUUCGCUGGAAUAUGCUGCCAUGGCUGUCCGGCUCAGCCCACUUGUGGGUGAGCCUCUCCAUGAACUGGUUGCCUUCCAUCGGUUAGCAGGGGUGUACCAUUCCAUGCAAAUUUACGAGGUGUCCGAGUACUGCUACUUGAAGGCCCUGUCUUUAUGUUCUACACCUAUGCAGCAUGCUGCUGAGGCUGGAUAUUACUUGAAAGUGUACUGGCGUCUUGGAGAGAUUGCACUUCUUAGGAGAAAGGAUGCUGAAGGUGCAGCUACAUACCUCCUAUUGGCCCUGGCAGCUGCUAUUGAAAUUGGGAAUGAAGAGUUUCAGUUGGUGAUCACUGAGAAACUGGCUGAAUUGUAUUUGAAAUACUUAAAGGAUAAGGAACAGGCGGAAAUCUUCAUGAAACAGAAAGUACAACUCACUAACAAGACUUAAUAAAGACAUAGAAAAAAGGCAGAAUAGUCAACAUAUUUCAGGUAGAGGACAAUGAGGGAGAAGAUGAAACUAUCACAAAUGAAGCAUUAAAGGGCAACAGUCUGAUCUCCAAAAUCUCCGAAUGUGAAUCGAUUGUCAGAAUCCCUGUAGUAAACGUAAGGCCUGCCUACAGACCUGUUCAACAAAUGUUGCGGUCAUGUGACAUUUCUAUGGACCACACAUUUGUUCCUAGGGACACAGAGGAGGCAGAAUCAACCCUGUAAGAGUCACCUUGCCUGGAGGACAUAUGCAAAGGAACUGUUCAUACAUUAACCAUAAAGCACUUUCACUGUAACAUAAAUAUACGAAUUACGUAUUUUAAAUUGGUAACCUCAAGCCGUCACCAGCACAUGAGAUUUGAAGCCUAACAAUUAGUACCUAGUAAUUUCAGGCUUUUAACUGCAUAAUUAUGUUAGGUUAAUCAUUUGAAC